AGCAUAGGAUCGAUCUUGUGAACAACAAAACAUUGUUUUUCUUAACGGAACUCACCAUAUAACAUAUGGAAAAAAAUCUAACAAAGCUUUUUUUUUUUAAUAAAACAUCUAACAAAGCUGAAACUAAAAAUUAGUUAGUUGAAGAAGGUUGAAGCAUAGAAUGCGCUUGAGAACUACGCUUACAACAUGAGGAACACGAUCCGUGAUGAGAAGAUUGGUGAGAAGCUUCCUGCUGCUGACAAGAAGAAGAUUGAGGAUUCUGUUGAGGAGGCGAUCCAGUGGCUUGAUGGGAACCAGACGGCUGAAGCUGACGAGUUUGAAGACAAGAUGAAGGAGUUGGAGAGCGUAUGCAAUCUGAUUAUUGCUAAGAUGUAUCAAGGAGCUGGUGGUGAAGCAGGUGGCCCCGCUGGGAUGGAUGAUGAUGAAGCUCCUCCUUCUGCCGGAGGUGCUUGCCCCAAGAUUGAGGAAGUUGACUAAGCUCUGGUGCAUUCUUUUGCCUUUAUAAUCUGAAUGUUGGUCGGUUUUAUGUUUUGCUUUAUUUUUGAGUGAUGUACUCUCUGUUCUUCUUGUUUUUCUAAUUAAGUUGCAGUUUCGAACUUGAACGAUACUAGUCUCAUCACUCUGUUCUUAUGGAUUUCAUCAAUUGCUUGGCUUUGCUGAUCUAGUUUAAUAGAAACUGCAGAGUGAACGAUGAAUA